UCCUCUCCACAUACACCCAUGCCCUUCCCCGCGUGAAAUAAAAAUCAAGGCGGCAUCAGGCCAGUGCUGUGCUGAGUGCUUAUGUGCCCUGGCUGUGUAAGGCACUGACAGACAGACAGACAUGCCUCCCCUCCAUCCUAUGACGUCAGUGUGAUUAUCCCUCCAUUUUACAAAUCUGAGAACUGUGGCUCAGGUUGGUGGAGCAGUUUUCUCCAGGUCCCCUCUGGAAAGGCUGCUGGCCCCAUUGCCUCCCAGCACAAGCUGUGGCCUGUGAAAUCCUACCAGCAAUGGGUCUCACACAGGGGAGUGUGGGAGCCCCUGGGGCCAGGCCCCCCGCAGCCGGUCCCUGUCCUGUCAGGUCCCCAAGGGCGGCCUUGGGCACUGCAGGUGUGGAGCAGGGCGGCGCCUGGUAGAAAGUGCCAGAAAGUCCAAACACUAGACUCGGAGUAGGAGUUGGGAUGUGGACCAACCUGGAACAAGGCCUGAGAGAUCCAGAGCCGUUUUCUGGAGGGUCUGGUCCUUCCUGCCAGCAAGAGGAUUUAGCCUCUUCUGGUUCAGUACUGGUCACGGUCGGCAUUUGCCGAGGGCUUUCUCUGUUCGGCAUAGCAAGUCUGCAGUCGAGCUCCCCUUUCCGAGGGGAAGCUGGCCCAAGGGCACACAGCAAACCGGCAGGGCAGGGGUUAGGCUCCAAGGCGGCCCAACCCUGAGCCUUGCUCCUGACCCCUGUGCCGUCCUGCCUUCCGGGGCCUCAUGCUCCGCUUCCUUUCCAAACCCAGGCGAGUGCAGGUCUGAGCUGUCUGGAGGCAGAGAGUGUACAUAUGUGUGCACACGUGUGUGUGCGCGAGUGUGCAUGUGCGUGUGUGCGUGGGAUGUUUGUGCCUAGGCAAAUGGGGGAAGAAAACAACACCCAUCUUUUUUUUUUUUCAGCUCAGUAGACAUCACUGCAUGAUGAAGGAAUGUGGAUUCCGCAAAACAUUUUUUUUCUUCCUAGUAUGUAAAUACCUUUGGGUUUCUUGGGUCUCGGAAGGGCAUCUAUCACUCAGGUCUUACUUAGCAGUUACCAUAAAAAGGGAAUCCUGUUGUGAACACACACGUGCACGCGCGCGCACACACACACACACAGACACUUUAGCAGCUUGAAAGCGGACUCUCCUUGAGUUUGGUGUGGCAGACAUGUUCAGACCAAGGUCUAAUUGCUGCGCUCUGGCUAGGGGGUUGGAGGCCGCGGCCAGCUGCGUGCCGCUAACAUUCUUUGGUUCCGAUAAGCAGAGUCCACCGUCCCUACUGACUUGAAGGGCCCCGGCUGGCUGUCCCGCUGCUGGAUGUGAAAGAAGGAGGCGAGGGAAGGUGGAGGAGGAGAGAAAAACAGGAAUGAAAGAGAGUAAGAUAAGGGAGAGGGAGACAGACACACGACAGCUCAGGGCAGACACUGGGAAGUCUUUGCAGGGACCCCGGGGGUGGCUACCAUUCGCUCCACUUUCCCAACAGGAACGGGGUGAUUCCAGCAGGCAGCUGGUGUGGGAUCUGAGGGGAUGCGGGCCUGGGAGCCUCAUUGGCUUGACCCCAACCAAGCUGUCCCCUCUCAGGAGGAGGACGCUGUCCCCUUGGUCCAUAUCGCCAUCGCCCUCUCUGAAGGUCCCUUUCAGGUGAGCCUCUUCUACGUGGCCCUGGAGGGAGGAGUGAGCCUCUAGCAACCUCAGUGUAGAUGACCCCGUCGUUCCUUCAACAGGAAUCACAGUGACACUGACAUUUGCUGCUGGGCCUGCCCUCCUGCCCACCCUGACUUCUGGAUACCUCCUGCAAGGCUCAGAAACUGCAGGGUCAGGGGCUUGGCCCAGGAGGGCUGUCACCCAGGACCAUGAGCGGCUAAGAUGGAGACGUCCGCCUCAGUCACGGCCACGGAGAAGAAAGACGCCAAAAGUGGGAGCCUGGAGGGUGUCGCUUUCCCCGACCCGGGCAGGAAGGCCUCUGCUCUCGCGGUGGCCACGGCGGCCGCGGCAGCGGUGGCUGCCCAAGGAGUGCCACAACACCUUUUGCCACCGUUUCAUGCUCCCUUACCGAUUGACAUGAGACACCAGGAGGGAAGGUACCAUUAUGAGCCCCACUCUGUCCACGGCGUGCACGGGCCUCCUGCCCUGAGUGGCAGCCCCAUUAUCUCCGACAUCUCGUUGAUCCGGCUUUCCCCACACCCCGCCGGCCCCGGGGAGUCCCCCUUCAACGCCCCCCACCCCUACGUGAGCCCCCACAUGGAGCAUUACCUCCGUGCCAUGCACAGCAGCCCCACACUCCCCACGAUCUCUGCGGCCCGGGGCCUUAGCCCCGCUGACGUGGCCCACGAGCACCUCAAGGAGAGGGGACUGUUUGGCCUCCCCCCUCCGGGCACCAACCCCUCAGACUAUUACCACCAGAUGACUCUCAUGGCGGGCCACCCUGCACCAUACGGGGACCUGCUGGUGCAGAGUGGGGGUGCCGCCAGUGCACCCCACCUCCACGACUACCUCAAUCCGGUGGAUGUGUCGCGCUUCUCCAGCCCACGGGUGACGCCCCGCCUGAGCCGCAAGCGGGCGCUGUCCAUCUCCCCGCUGUCAGACGCCAGCCUGGAUCUGCAGCGGAUGAUCCGGACGUCACCCAACUCGCUGGUGGCCUACAUCAACAACUCCCGCAGCAGCUCGGCGGCCAGCGGCUCCUACGGCCACCUGUCAGCAGGCACCCUCAGCCCAGCCUUCACCUUCCCCCACCCCAUCAACCCGGUGGCCUACCAGCAGAUCCUGAGCCAGCAGAGGGGCCUGGGCUCAGCCUUCGGACACACCCCGCCCUUGAUCCAGCCCUCGCCCACCUUCCUGGCCCAGCAGCCCAUGGCCCUCGCCUCCAUCAAUGCCACGCCCACCCAGCUCAGCGGCAGCGCCACCUGUCUGAGCGACGCCACCCAGAACAAGCAGAACAGCGAAUCCGCUGUGAGCAGCACCGUGAACCCCAUCGUAAUUCAUAAGCGCAGCAAGGUCAAGACAGAGGCAGAGGGCCUGCGGCCAGCCUCCCCACUGACCCUGACGCAGGAGCAGCUGGCUGACCUCAAGGAAGACCUGGACAGGGACGACUGUAAGCAGGAGGCCGAAGUGAUCAUCUAUGAGACCAACUGCCACUGGGAAGACUGCACCAAGGAGUACGACACCCAGGAGCAGCUGGUGCACCACAUCAACAACGAGCACAUCCAUGGGGAGAAAAAGGAGUUCGUGUGCCGCUGGCAGGCCUGCACGAGGGAGCAGAAGCCCUUCAAGGCCCAGUACAUGCUGGUGGUGCACAUGCGCCGGCACACGGGCGAGAAGCCCCACAAGUGCACGUUCGAGGGCUGCUCAAAGGCCUAUUCCCGCCUGGAGAACCUGAAGACCCACCUGCGGUCCCACACUGGGGAGAAACCAUAUGUGUGUGAGCACGAGGGUUGCAACAAGGCCUUCUCCAACGCCUCAGACCGCGCCAAGCACCAGAACCGCACCCACUCCAACGAGAAACCCUACAUCUGCAAGAUCCCAGGCUGCACCAAGCGAUACACGGACCCCAGCUCUCUCCGGAAGCAUGUGAAGACGGUACACGGCCCAGAUGCUCACGUCACCAAGAAGCAGCGUAACGACGUGCACCUCCGCGCCCCGCUGCUCAAGGAGAACGGGGACCACGAGGCCAGUGCCGAGCCCGGGGGCCGGGGCUCGGAGGAGAGUGCCGAGGCCAGCAGCACCAGCCAGGCCGUGGAAGACUGCCUGCACAUCAAAGCCAUCAAGACCGAGAGCUCCGGGCUGUGUCAGUCCAGCCCCGGGGCCCAGUCGUCCUGCAGCAGCGAGCCCUCUCCCCUGGGCAGUGCCCCCAACAACGACAGCGGCGUGGAGAUGCCGGGGACUGGGCCCGGGAGCCUGGGAGACCUGACAGCUCUGGAUGACACGCCCCCGGGGGCCGACGCCUCAGCCCUGGCCGCUCCCUCUGCUGGUGGCCUGCAGCUGCGCAAACACAUGACCGCCAUGCACCGGUUCGAGCAGCUCAAGAAGGAGAAGCUCAAGUCACUGAAGGAUUCCUGCUCCUGGGCCGGGCCGGCUCCACACACCCGGAACACCAAACUGCCUCCCCUCCCGGGAAGUGGCUCCAUCCUGGAAAACCUCGGCGGCGGCGGGCCGAGCGGGCUGCUGCCCAACCCGCGGCUGUCCGAGCUGUCCGCGGGCGAGGUGACCAUGCUGAGCCACCUGCAGGAGCGCCGCGACAGCUCCACCAGCACGGUCAGCUCCGCCUAUACCGUGAGCCGCCGCUCCUCCGGCAUCUCCCCCUACUUCUCCAGCCGCCGCUCCAGCGAGGCCUCACCCCUGGGCGCCGGCCGCCCGCAUAACGCCAGCUCGGCCGACUCCUACGACCCGAUCUCCACCGACGCGUCGCGGCGCUCCAGCGAGGCCAGCCAGUGCAGCGGCGGCGGCUCGGGGCCGCUCAGCCUCACGCCCGCGCAGCAGUACAGCCUGCGCGCCAAGUACGCCGCGGCCACGGGCGGGCCGCCGCCCACCCCGCUCCCCGGCCUGGAGCGCGCGGGCCUCCGGACCAGGCUGGCGCCGCCUGGCCCCUGCGCACGCCCGCUGGGGCCGCGGCGGGGCAGCGACGGGCCGGCCCAGGGCCACGCGGGGCCCGCGCCCGCCUUCCCCCACGAAGCGCCGGGCGGCGGGGCGCGGCGGGCCAGCGACCCGGUGAGGCGACCCGACGCCCUGGCUGCGCCGCGGGUGCAACGCUUCCACAGCGCCCACGACGUGAACCCGGCCCCGCUGCCGCCCUGCGCCGACAGGCGAGGUCUCCGCCUGCCCGGCCACGCCAGCGCCGACGGCGGCCUGGCCCGAGGCGCCUACUCGCCGCGGCCGCCCAGCAUCAGCGAGCACGUGGCCACGGAGGCCUUGGCGGUGGGGGCGGACAGCGCCGGGCCCGAGGUGGGCCUCAUGCUGCCCGAGGACGACCUCGUGCUGCCGGACGACGUGGUACAGUACAUCAAGGCGCACGCGGGCGGUGCCCUGGACGACAGCCCCUCACAGGCCUAUCCCCCCGAAAGCACCUGCUUCUCUGAGAACCCCAAACUGCCCAGCCCGGGGCUGCACGGCCCCCGCAGGAUGGUGGCUGCGGACUCCAACGUGGGCCCCUCUGCCCCUGUGCUGGGAGGCUGCCAGCUGGGCUACGGGCCCCCCUCCAGCCUGAACAAAAAUAACAUGCCUGUGCAGUGGAAUGAGGUGAGCUCCGGCACCAUGGACGCCCUGGCCAGCCAGGCGAAGCCUUCACCCUUUUCGCAGGGCAACCUGGCUGUGGUGCAGCAGAAGCCGGCCUUCAGCCAGUACCCGGGCUAUAGUCCACAAGGCCUGCAGCUGAGCCCGGGAGCCCUGGACAGCGGGCAGGGACACUUUCAGCCCUGCGGGGGAGGCCCCUCGGUGCCUAGGAUAAAUUACAUGCAGCAGCUGCGGCAGCCAGGGACAGGUGGUCAGUGUUCCAAUAUGACCACCACCGUGAGCCCCCACACCAAUUACGGCCAGGCCCACCCCCAGCUGAGUCCCAGUGCCAUGGGUGGGACCUUGAACCAGUACCCCCCGUCCUGUAACAACAUGGCAGCCAAGCCAGUCCACUUGGGGCUCCCCCAGCAAAUGGAAAUCGCUCCCGAAGCCAGCAUGAUGGGCAGCAGCCGCAGGGAACUCGGAAUCACCAAUUCAGCCCUGGCCGGGAUGCCUCCGCUUCACUCCACCCAGAGCUACCCACAGCAGAGCCAUCACCUGGCAAACCCCAUAAGCCAGGAGAGCUACCGCCAGGGCCCCAACCUUCUACCUGCCCAGCAACCUGGCUUCAUGGAACCCCAGCAGGGCACCGCGGGGGUAGCCGGAUCCAGCUUCGGCCUAGUUCAACCCCGGCCUCCCGCCGAGCCCAGCCCUGCCGGCUGCCACCGGGGGGUGCGUGCCGGGGUGCAGCUGGCCUACGCCAGAGCCACCGGCCACGCCAUGGCUGCUGUGUCGGCCCAUCAGGAGAUGGCAGAUGCGCCCAAGGGAGCAAUGGGCGGCGUGGUGUCCCGGCCUCCCCAGCCCCCCCCGCAGGACACGGGUGGGGUCCCGGACCACAGCAUGCUGUACUACUACGGCCAGAUCCACAUGUAUGAACAGAACGGAGGCCUGGAGAACCACGCAGGCUGCCAGGUCAUGCGGCCCCAGCCACCGCCGCCACAGGCCUGCCCCGACAGCAUCCAGCCCCAGCCCUUGCCCUCUCCAGGGGUCAACCACGUGUCCAGCACUGUGGACUCCCAGCUACUGGAGGCUCCCCAGAUUGAUUUUGAUGCCAUCAUGGAUGAGGGCGAUCACUCGAGCUUGCUCUCAGGCACCCUGAGUCCCAGCCUCCUCCACAGCCUCUCCCAGAACUCCUCCUGCCUCACCACCCCCCGGAACUCCCUGACUCUGCCCUCCAUCCCCACGGGCAUCAGCAACAUGGCAGUUGGGGACAUGAGCUCCAUGCUCACCAGCCUGGCAGAGGAGAGCAAGUUCCUGAACAUGAUGACCUAAGUUCCCAGCCCCUGGCGCUCCGUGGAGCCGGAGGAACCUUCAUUUCCCAGAGCACGGGAGUUCUAGUUUGUCUUUUUCCAAAAAAAAGUAUUAAAUAGGUCUGAGGGAGUUUUGCCAAUGGCUGGUCCGGACCACAAAUGAUUUAAGGGCAGCUUCGUGUGCAACCUGUCUGGUCGUCUUCGGGAUGGCUUUUCAGAACACUUUAGAAAGUCUCAACAAGAAAGGCAAGGCAGGAGCGAAAAACUCAUUUGCACAGUGCUUCCCAGCCUUUGGUGUUUAUAGGACCAAAUUGUUCUGGCUUCUUCACCUCUGUCAUUUGGCUAAUGAGGGAUUACGCUGGCCAAAGGCUUUCCAAGUACAUGAGGAAAGAGGGUAGAGGGAACCACAUUUGGGUUUGAAUCCGAAAGCCAUACUGGAUAUUCUAAUCCAGGAAGAGAAGUUUCUCGUUCCCGUACCUGCAAGGUAAAGGAAUUCCUGGCCCACUGGAAUUCUUCUACGAAGCUUACUUCUUGAGGCCUCUCGCAUCCCUGUGCCACAGAGGAAGAAAACAGAUUUUUACCUGGAUGAUUUGGAAGCACGUCCUGAUUCCAGGUCUGGUAGAGCUGGCAUCUCUACCCCGCAAAGCCAAGUUUGCGACGGGCAGGCUGCUCAAGUGUAUACGAAUGACUAAAGAAUGGAAGUAUUGCCAGAAAAAAAGAAAAAUUGUAGUGCUUGCGGCAAGCCCAGAAGCUGCCCUAGCCUCUCCAGACCGUGUUUACAGUGUUCAUGCAUGUAGAAUGUAGCCCUUCCUGGAAAGAACACUUCUAAAUACCUCGGGGUGGCUGGAGCUGCUAUGGGCUAUGGAUGGACCCAGGUGAGCCGACGCCUGGCACGGGACCUCCAGAAAGUGGGAGAGCGCCAGGGACCCGGCCUCAGGCCACCCUGGAGAUCUCCCAUGGGAAGAGGAAGUCGUAUGUUUACCCAAUCCUGUUUCUCCGAUGCACUGUCCGCCCACUUUGCCACGGAAAACCCCAGGACUUGGAUGGCGGCCUCUGCCCAGUCUCCCCCAGGCUGUGUUGUCCGCUUACCUGCAGCCCAGUGGUCUGUGCCAAGGUACAACAUGACGUCCCGGGGUCUUCUGGGUUCCCUCCCCUCUGUCCUGUUCAUUCCGCAGAGCACGAUGACCUGCAUGGCGUUUUUGGUGGGGCUGAGUGGGUGAAGGGGUUGUUUCCUGGGACUCUGAGGGACCAUCCCUGAAUUUUCCUGUUCGCUGUGAACAAGCCCCACCUGGAAGUGGAACUUGGGACUGGUAUCAGAAGACAUCGUUCCUGAACAUACUGUAGGGCGAAUGGAUGCCUCCCCCCUCCCCCCACCACACACACAUACACACACCCCCACACCUUUCCCACGCUGAAUUUGUGGCGACCUGGCCAAAACCAACCACACCACUGUGAGCCUGAUGAUAACCGUGACCCUGGCCUCGGCCACGGCAGGGCCAAGAUUUUCCCUGGGCCCUCUGCAUCCAGAACAUCAGACGCUUUGUUAGGGUCCAGAGACAAAGCCAAGUCCAAAUAACAGCCCUGGGACCCCUCCGAGGGCGUGGGCUCCGUGGUGGUGUUCGUUCACUCCCUGAGCUAGGAUUUCACUAGCCGUCCCCAGCCUGUGUAUAACCUGUACAGAAGGCGUCGUCCCUGAAAAUACUGUAGGUGAAUCAUCCAGCCAAAUUUAUAUCUCCAAAAUAUUUAGCUUUUUCUACAUGCUAUGAAUUGAGAUGACACACUCAACUUGUAAAUAAGUCUUUUUGUACAUUAAAAAAGUAAUUUUUUCAUAA